AUGACAUGCGACGGCGUUGAAAGUCAUGCAGGUAUUGAUGAGGGUGUUGUCAACGUUUGGCUGAAUCUUUCCAGAAUUCCCAACCCCUUGCGACGAAUACAGCCCCACAAAGUUGAAGAAAAUGCCGAGAGAUUCUAUGAAAGAUAUCUAGGGAGGGUGGUGGAAGAGGAGAAGAUCGUGGUCGAAAGGGUGGUGGACAAGGACGUCUUCCUUCGAGGAGCAAACCUGGCAGUGGAGCAUGACGAGGAUGUGCUUUGCAUGUCAGAGUCAUCGAAAAUUCACAGAGUCUUCGAUUUACUCCGUGAAACGAAAGACCUCAAGGUCACUAUACUGGGGUGGCAGCAGUCGACAAUCAAUGCAAGUUCACGCUACUGGCAGGAAGACUUGCUACCGCCCUUGGGAGAGCAGCCAGAGGACAGUGCGUUGGCGUACCGUGAACUGAUGGCUGGACUUAUUGACGCUGCACCAUGGCUCUCAGGCAGCAUAAUCGGCGCUUGGUUAAGUGACCCUGUACAAGAGGGGAUACUUGGGAGGCGACGUGCUCUUUUUAUAUCGGCUGUCUUUUGUACAGCCUUUCCCAUAGCAACCGCGCGAAGCGAUAGUUGGGAAGAGCUUCUGAUUUUCCGGUUGCUGCUUGGGAUCGGAAUCGGCGCAAAGGCUUCCAUAGCCCCUGUAUUUGCUGCUGAGACUGCCGUCGAUCAUUUACGCGGUCGGCUUCUGAUGAUGUGGCAGCUUUUUGAUGCAUUUGGGAUCUUUCUUGGGUUUGUCUGCGUGUGGAUUGUUGACAAACAAUGGAGAGUCCUUUUAGGAACUGCAGCAGUUCCGUCCUUAAUAUUAUUGUUCCUGGUCUUUCUUUGCCCAGAAUCCCCCCGGUUUCUUAUGCGCAAGAAAAGGUACAGAGAGGCAUACCUGAGUCUCCGUCAUCUGCGUGGAAGCGACAUUCAGGCAUGCCGAGAUCUGUACUACAUACAUAGCCAGUUGCAGUAUGAAUCGCAACAACGGCUAGCCCUAGCCAAAGUGCGACACUUCAAACCGAAGGGAGAAGAAUGGCUGAAAAGCGAUGAAUUGAAUUACCAGGAUAUUGAGCUCCCGCCAAUGAAUUUUUUCAAGCGAGCGUGGGCUCUCUGGACCAACCCACGCAACCGAAGGGCGUGCAUUGCAGCCUUCAUAGUGAUGGCAUCGCAGCAGCUUUGUGGUGUAGGGCUUCUCGUGGAAUGUCCAUUCUUGGUUAAUGUGCUCGCAUUCUAUUCAUCCCAUCUAUUUGGAAGGGCGAACAAUGAAGAGUACGACUAUAUUAUGGCGCCUGGUCGGAGCGACGACCUAGACCGCGAUUCGCCUACUAAGGUGGCCUGGAUGAAUAUCGGCUUUGGUCUCGCGAAUUUUCUCUUCACUAUCCCGGCAUAUUGGUUCAUCGACAUGUCGCGGCGGCGAGGCCGCCGGAUAUUGCUACUGGUGUCGCUUGCAGGGAUAUUUUUCACCAUUAUUGCCAUUGGAUCCUUCUUCUUCAUUCCCAACGAUGACGCCCGCCUUGGACUCGUUUCAUUCUUUACGAUCGUCGUCUUUCUAUUCUUCUACGGCAUUGGAGCCGGGCCUGUGCCAUUUACAUUCAGCGCAGAGGUGUUCCCCCUGGCAUUCCGCGAAGUGGGUAUGAGUUUUAGCGUUAUGGUCAAUUUCCUAGGUCUUGGGUUCCUGGUUCUUCUUGUGCCCUUUUUAACGCGGGAAUUUGGAUCCAAUGGCAAUUCUUACCUUCUCUAUCUAUUCGGUGGACUUGACCUUCUGGCGUUCGGACUAGUAUUUCUCUUCGUCCCCAGCACGGGUCGAAUCCCGCUCGAGAACAUGGAUCACGUCUACACCAGUCGACAAGAAGACAUCUCAACAAGUGCGAAGACAUUUCCGAGCUUUACGGAGCCUUCGACGCAGCAAGAAAACCGAUACGCACAAUGA